CGUUUAGUGAGAGGAAAAUGUCUGAUUGGGGUCCAGUGUUUGUGGCGGUGGUGCUGUUCGUCCUGUUAACGCCGGGUCUGCUGGUUCAGGUGCCGGGUCGCAGCCGAUUUGUUGAGUUUAGCAACUUUCAGACGAGUGGAGUGUCGAUAUUGGUUCACUCACUUGUCUAUUUCGCCCUCAUUUGCAUCUUCUUAUUAGCCAUUGGGGUUCAUAUACUUAAUAUAUUCUCUCUGUUAAUGGCGGACUGGGGGCCAGUGCUCAUCGGAGUAGUACUCUUCAUACUGCUGCAACCUGGACUUCUAUUUCAGAUACCGGGUAAUAACCGUACUCUCGAAUUUGGGAGCAUGAAGACUAAUGGAAAGGCGAUUGCUGUUCAUACUCUUAUUUUCUUUACACUCUAUGCUAUUCUCAUUCUCGCUGUUCAUGUUCACAUCUAUACUGGAUGAUCCUGUAGUAACACUACUCCAGAUCUUCUCCCCCUUUUAUGCUACUACCAUUUUCACUAAUCCAAC